AUGUGCGACAAUCCCGGUUUACUCCAAAACCAAACAGCUUUUCCUGAUUCUGUUUUCUCUGGAAGUGGUUCUAUUUCUUUCAAGGACGCAAGAUUUCUCAACAGUGGUUGGUGUUCAUCAGAUAACAGACCAAAUUAUCUUUUGAUUGAUCUUCAGAAAGAAUAUCACAUAACCCGAGUCGUGACAAUGGGUAAUAGAGACCAGACCAAAUGGAUUGGUCAGUACCGAAUGGCGUACAGCUUUGAUAAAAGUUUUAGAAAUAAAAGAGAGAUGACAGGAAACACGAAUGGCUUUCAAGCGUCAAUCACGCGUCUUAACAUUUACAACGUGAGACAUAUAAAGAUACAAUCGAUUGGGAAAACACAUUUUUGUUUACGAAUAGAACUCUGUGGAAAAGCUCAAAGGCCAGCACCGGUAGGAACUGUUAAAACUGAUGUGAACGAGAAUUCAGUUAAAAUAACAUUGAAUAUAGAAACAUCAGUGUCAACCUCUAGUUAUAUCACAAUGAUCAAUGUAUAUCUUGACAACAGAAAAUACCUGCAAGUAUUCCGCGAUUUUGAUGGUACCUUUGAAAUUACUAAACUCAAGCCAAACACUGACUAUGUUGUUGGAAUAGAAACUGUAGAUGGUUCUUCUCAAAAGAGCAGCAGGUUUUCUGUAAAUAUUAAAACGAAGAAAGCAGAUCCUGGUGGGCCACCAUUGCGUGUUAAAUUCAUAUCGCGCACAAAACACUCGUUGAAAUUGUCUUGGGAGGUUCCGGUUGAAAAUUUACGAAACGACUACAUAUUAGGAUACCAAGUCUGCUAUUCUACGCCUGAUUCUGCUAAGCAUCCUCAAUGCUUCAAUACAUCGAUAAGAUCACCGCCUUAUAAUUAUACAAUCUUUGCACUUCAACCGGCAACUAUGUAUUUUGUUACUGUCGCAGCUAGAACGAAAGUUGAUUUAGGACCAAAGAGCCAGAAAACUAGCGUAAUUUCAAGCGGAGAUGCUGUUAAUCUUGUCCGAUAUUCGUCUUCGAGUUUAAGCAUAACUGGGCUUAAACCGCAAGCUCCUUAUAUCAAAAAGGUAAUGAUCAUUGUGAAAAGUGGAAAUGCUGAACAAACAGCGGUCGAAGAUAUUGAAACAAACACGCUAAGAUCUUACUCAGAAGACACCGCUAAUCUUUACAUCGCAGCCUAUUUGAAAGUUAGUGAUUUGACUUCGUCGUUUGUGAUCGGCGAUAAGAAAAAUUACUUUCUCGAUGGAAAGAACUACUUGAACCAAGCUCUGAAACCAAAUACCAGUUAUUCGGUGUUUCUAAGAUUUUUCAAAAACCAGGGUACGUUUUACUCGACAGAAUGGAGCAGAAGCGUUCUUACGUCUACGCAACCUUCAGCUCCACAUGAAAUAAUGAUCAAAUCGAUCGCUCCUAAAAAGUAUACCUUAUCCUGGUCGAUAUUUUUACCUGUGAACCAAACUGUCUUGCAGUAUCAGGCAUUUUACGGACAAACAGGCAGCUCGAAAAUGGCAUUGAUUAUCUCGAAAGAUACGAGAUCGGUCGAAGUGGAUGUUGAUUAUCAAACAGGGUACUCAUUCCAAAUAAGCAUCGUUACUAAUGUCGGGAAAAGUGAUUGGGCAUCAAUGUCAUGGUUAUCUCAUUCAGAACCUAUUUUGCUCCAAAAGGAAACGGAUGGUAGUUACACAUUAUUACUGAAAAAGCCAGAGAGUGGAGAUAUUGAAACGGUCGCAUUAGUAUUACUCCUAGUUCAACCGGAUUCAAAGAACCCUCCGGCAAUGGAAACUCUAAAAAUAUCACAGGGAGGAGCGAGAGAAAAUGGUGCCUUUCUGGCCAAACAAUACAGUAUAAGUGAAUUCCAAGGUUUAAAAACCAUAGAGAUUUCGCUUCAAAAGUCUGAGCCCAUCGAACGGAGAAAAAGAGUCCCAGCCGAGUUCUUUGUAUUAAAACUAAGUACAACGUCAACGUAUAGAUGUGCGCAAAUGAGUAAGGACACUUCCGGGAAACGAUUCUGGUCAUACUGGAGCAAACCAUUCAAAUUAGACAAAGGGAGUGGUGAUGUCAAUGCGCGGGUUGAUGAUGGUGGUGGUGGUGGUGGGGCAAGUAUAGGAGUCGCAGUGGGCGGAACGCUUGCCGCGAUUGCUGUAGUUGUUGUACUGGUAUUAAGUUACAUAUUCUUCAGAAGAAGGAGAAAUUUUAAAGAAUGUGAAAAUUCUGAAAGCGAUACCCAAAAGGAAUGCAACGAAAUGGAUGAACAUGCUGAUUCAAAUGAAACUGGUGCGAUUGAUAAGAAGACUCAUUCUCCCGUUCUAAUUGCUGACUUUGCACAUCAUGUGAACGAACUGAAAGCAAACGAAAAUUAUGAAUUCCAAAAAGAGUAUGAUGCUUUGCCGACAAACUUGAACAUAUCCUGGGAAGUAUCUAAAAAGCCGUUUAACAAGCCAAAAAACAGAUAUGGAAAUGUCGUUACAUAUGACAAUUCUCGUGUAAUUCUAUCAGGAGAUGAAAAUAGUGAUUACAUUAACGCUAGCCACAUUGAUGGUUUCGAUGGGAGGUCGUACAUUGCAUGUCAGGGUCCUAACGAAGCUACUGUGAAUGACAUGUGGCGAAUGGUUUGGGAGCAGAAUAGCUAUUCGGUUGUUAUGGUAACCUCUCUUUUUGAGCGUGGAAAGCCUAAAUGUGACAAAUAUUGGCCUGACAAAGGAAGUGAAAUGUAUGGAGACAUUGAAGUGACUUUAACGAAGACAGAAGAGUUCGCUGAUCACGUCACGCAUACCUUGGAAAUUAUAAAGGAUGGGGAAAAACGAGAUGUUCGUCACUACCACUUUCUAUCAUGGCCUGACCAUGGCGUACCCAAAUAUCCAACUCAGCUCCUGGCUUUUAGAACACAUUUCAGAUCUUAUCAUUUGGAUCAGUCUGGGCCCAUCAUCGUUCAUUGCAGUGCUGGUGUUGGUCGAACAGGUGUUUUUCUUGCAAUUGAUAUUAUCCUUGAUAAACUCGAGAAAGGUGUUAUCGAUUCCAUUGAUGUUUUUGGACAAGUAUGUGCAAUGAGGGAAAGGAGAAUGAAUAUGGUACAAACUCUGCAACAAUACAUAUUCAUCCACGAAGCCAUUUUGGAAAAUAUUCUUUGUGGUAUGAACGAGGUUGACACCAUCAAAAUCAAGAAAGAGAAUGAAAUUCUUGCCAAAGUUAAAGCCAGUGGAUUUACUGGUUUUCAGGAGAAGUUCAAGAUGUUGGGUGAGGUUUCGCCAAAAUUCUCUUCAGAGGAACACAAUGCAGCAAUGCUUCAAGAGAAUCUCAAAAAGAAUCGCGACAAGAAUAUCUUUCCUGGCGAAAGCAAUCGUGUACCUCUACCGUACGUGGAUGGAUUGGAAUAUUCAGACUACAUCAACGCUGUGUUUGUUCAUGGUUACCUCGGGCGAAAUUAUUUCAUCGCAACCCAAAGUCCUCUUCCGAAUACGAUGAACGACUUCUGGCGAUUGGUUUAUUAUCAAAAGUCAUCCACGAUUGUGUUGUUAAACAACGUCAAAGACGGAACGUCGUUCCCAAAAUUCUGGCCAACAAACCCAGGUGAACCUGCACAGUACGGCACGAUGACGGUUCAGUUGAACUCUGAAGAACAAUCGGAUGAAAUAUGGACUAGAACCUUUUCCCUAACAACUUAUUCAGAUAUGUCAGAACCACGUAUUGUAACUAUUUUCCAAUACACGAAAUGGCCGGACCACAGCGUACCUCCUAAAGGGAAUGCCGUCAUCACACUAAAUUCACUGGCCGAAAAUUCCAGGAAGAAUCAUAAGGGGCCAAUAAUCGUGGCAUGCAGUGAUGGGGCAGGCCGGACAGGGACGUACAUUGCAAUUUCAAACCUCCUGGAACGAAUAAAAAUAAAACAAGCAAUGGAUGUCUUCCAGACUAUAAAAAUUAUCAGAGGAGCACGAGCCCAAUUUGUCGAAAAUUCUGAGCAAUAUCAGUUUUGCUACACAGCUAUAAUGGCGUACUUGGAUUCUUUUAAUGAAUACGCAAACUUUUGCGUAUAAAAAUGCAAUAAGUAAAUAAUAAGAAAAUAAUACUUUUUCAAGGAAAAUAUAAUAAUUUAGUUUGAUUAUUCAUAACUUUGUAUAUUAGAGACAAGAUAGAAAUAUUCGCAAAAAAGUAUGGUUGGAAGUAUGGUCGAAAAUAUGUACAAUAAUUCGUAAAUCACUCCAUUUUAGUUCGCAAUUAUGCAAAUUAAAUACAAAACCCGCAAAGUCUUGAUAAAUGUACUGCAUGUUAUAAAUGUUCAAACCACUAUAAGCUAUUUACUACGAAAGAUUUAUGUAUUCUGGCUAAAGUUAAUGUUAACGAUAAUAAUUAUGUAUAACUAUUGGGGACUAUAUCAUGUCAGACGUAUAUAUGUCAGAUUUUUAGAUUUCACAAAGCCUUUCGCGCCUUUGUUAAGAAAAA